AUGAUACUUGUUAACAGCGACGAUUACAAUAAAGAUGAAGACAAAGGUGGUGAUAGUGUUGUUGUUGGAGAGAUUGUCUUGGAAAGCAGUGAUAUAACAUCAACAGCCACCGCCACCAUUACUACCAGUUUACUUUCUCUAUCUAAUCAUUUGCUAGUCUAUAUAUUCCAAUAUGUUUUAGAACCACUGGAGUUCAAGUGUUGUAACCAGAGUGCAGCUGGUUUUAAAACCAGAGUUCUUGGAAACUACUGCUACAUAGACAGCUACCACAAUGUAAAUAAUAUACUCAUUCGAUAUGGAACCAUUUGCAAGAGAUUCUGCAAUGCCAUCGUUCCAAAGCUGACAAGACAUUUGCAGCUCUUUAUUCAAGACGGUCUCGAUCUCUGGAGAAUGGUCAAGUUAUCUAGAUAUGGAUUGUUAAAAGAUAACAACCACAAUGGCAAUAAUGGUGGUGGUGUUCAAUUUGGACAUAUCGAGAUAUCCAGAUACAGUCGUGUUAGCCAACACGGUCUAAUGGCAGCGAUGGGUGUAGAUCUUCCUGUUAUAACUGACUGUGCAUCGCUGCGGAGUGUCCAGAGUCUGACGAUAGAGUCACUGCUCUCUACCCCGUCAUUCCUCAUCUCACUCAUGUCCAACACCUCUCUCACUCGACUGUCACUAUCAACAGGACAGUUUGCCAUCGCCGACUAUCAAAACUUAGUUACAAUGAUCUCGCGUAUCUCCACAUCACUCUCCUCUCUAAAGCUAUUCAAUCCUCUAUUCCUAAACAAUGGAAAUAACAUUAAUAAUAAUAUUCAAUCUAUUUCUUUAACUUCGACAUCAACAACAUCAAAUAGUAAUAAUAUUAAUAGCAACAUUGAUUUCAUUGAGUUGUUAACAAAACAUUAUGAAGACUCAACAAAAACAACAUCACCACCACAUUCCUAUGGUAAUCUUUUGAAUCUUUCAUUGACCGGAUACUCUAGAGACAGUCUACUAAACGAUAAUCGAUCGAUUCACACACUGAAAUGCACCCAACUCGACGGUACCAAUCAAGAUAUCCUCGAGAUACUACACUCUCAAUCGAAGCUACCAACGAAAACACUCGAAUCACUCACACUCUCAAUUGUCAUAUCUUGUAGUAAGCUAAUGAAAUAUUUAAUAGAUCUAAUGUUUAAUCAUACCUCUAGUGAUAGUGGUAGUAAUAGUAACAAUAGUGAUUAUAUAUCGAAUCUAUCAUUAAAGAUUGAUCCAUAUUGUCAAGAUGAAUCAUUACUUCAGUUAUUAUCUUAUUUAAAGAUAGUAAAUAACAAUAGUAAUAAUAGUAAUAAUGUACAGUUAGAACAAAAACAACAACAACAACAACAUAGAAAAACACAAUUAGAAACAUUAACAAUAGAAAGAAUAUCAUCAUUAAAACAACCUAAAUGUUAUCAUAUGAUUCACUCUUUACUUGCGCAACAGAAUAACAAUGUACUAUUAAAUCUCAAUCAUCAUCAACAACAACAAAUACUAUUACAACAAGAUCAUAUAGAUAUAUUGAUUCCUCAACAUAGUCAACAACAACAAGAGGAAUUCAUUCAUAUUUACUUACAAAAGAAUCUAAAAUCUGAUUGGGAGUUAUCAAGACUUGGUUAA